AUGUCGGUGGAGCUCUGCGGCGCUCUCCGCCCGUCCCUCAAGGCAAAACUACAGAAUGCCGGUCUGCUUUGGAUCGACGACAUCUGCCGCCUAACGCUGGGAAGCGCUGCAAGCGGGAGAGUGGAUGCGCAUAGUCUGCAAGAGCGCGGCGUCAGUGCUGCUGACCUCGUACAACGUUGCCCCAAACUCACGCAAGAAGAAGCCGUUGAAGUUCUGCGGGCAGUUGCACCCCUCUAUAGGGGAAGGGAUCCCGCAGCGAGCGACUACUGCGUUCCCCCUGCCAUCUAUACCCUGCAGGAUAUGCUGGAGCUCGAGGAGGACGAGGGUAGCGAGAGAGUCACGACCUUCUGCAAGAGCAUCGAUGUUCUUCUUGGUGGCGGUGUGCCGGUUGGCGCCGUGACGGAGGUGUGCGGCCCACCAGGCGUCGGGAAGACGCAGCUUCUGAUGCAACUCGCGGUGAGCUGCGCGCUUCCAAGGGAGUUGGGUGGCCUGCACGGUGCAUGUCUGUUCAUUGACACAGAGGGAAGCUUCGUGCCGGAGCGCUUCCGUGAGAUUGUGCACGCCGCCGUGUUGCAGGUGAAGGGUGUCAUUCUACGGCAGGAGGCCGACGGUUUCGGCAGCGGAAGCGUCACAGCUUCGGAGGCCGAAGGCGCGACGGCACUCACGUCCUCGAGCGGCAGCAGCAUUGGCGGUGUCGCAUCGAGCUCUCCAAAAACACGCAAAAGAGGGCGGACAGAGAGCGCCCGUGUCUCGUUGGCUGCGUCAGCUGCUUCCUUCACGGUGGACUACGUUCUUCAGCAAACGCAGUACAUUCGUUUACUGGACGUGGUGUCGCUGAUGGCAUUUUUGAAUGUUCUUUCCGACUAUCUCACAUCUCAUCCGGCGAUUCGAAUGGUGGUGAUUGACUCCAUUGCGUUCCCGUUUCGCUCAUUUACCCAACUUGGUGGUCAUCAGCAGGAGGGUGGGGCGGCAGAAGCUGGAGGCGACGCCAGCUCCGUGUCGGCCAAGCACCUCGUUUGGCAACGGUCGCGCCUUCUGUUUAGCUGCGGACAGUUACUGCAGCGAUAUGCAAGAGAAAAAAAGCUCUGCGUCAUUGUGAGCAAUCAGGUGACGAGCCGCACGGUGGAGAGUAACGCGUCAGAGCCUAAGCGAGUCCUUGUGCCCGCCCUUGGGGACUCGUGGGCGUACGGUCUUGCGACACGCAUUCUGCUCACGCAACAGCACGAUACGGUGCUGCACGGCGAUGCGGGACGGGGGAAGAAAGAGAGCUGCCAUGAGAACGUGGUGUUCAUCGAGGCACCCGUAAGCGGUGGGCUUGAGGGCGGCAGCGUCGUGAAUGCCGUCCAGCACCGCGUGGCACGCCUCGUGAAAAGUCCCACGCAGCCACGUGGGCAGUGCUGUUUCUCCAUCAGCCAGAAGGGUGUGCGUGACGUGCUUCGCGUGUGGGCGUAA